AGCAAAGUAUUGCAUUUUGUAGAUUGGAUAUGCUGUGGUAACACAUCUGAAACUCUGGCAGUUUCUUGGGUUGAUAGGAAUAAGGAGCAAGAAACCUCAAGAAAUUUUAAAUUUCAGUUGGCUUUGCUCUCUAGAAAUUUGUAAUUGUGGUAACUUGAGAUACUUGUUAACUCUUUCCAUGGCAUUGAGCCUUGUUUCUCUCAAAAAGAUGAGAGUACAAAACUGUGAACUGUUGGAGCAAGUCAUCUCAGAAGAAGGGGCUAACUUGAAGGGCGGCGUUGUUUUAACCAAACUGAAGUCUUUGGAACUUAUAGGUUUACCGAGACUUGGAAGCUUCUGUUUGGGUAAUUGCAACUUUGAAUUCACAUCUUUGGAAGAUGUAAUUGUGAUGGCAUGUCCAUAUAUGAUGACUUUCUCUGGGGGAGAAGUAAGUACACCAAAACUGCAUAAAGUGAAAUUAUCAGGAGAUGAUGAAGAUGAAGGAUGUUGGGAAUGUGGUCUUAACCCCACAAUACAGCUUUUGUUCACAAAAAAAGGUAUUUAUUUGCUCAAAAGAUUUCCUUUUGUUUUUCAUUUUUUAUAGCUUUCUUGCGAUCAAAUCAAAUAUGGUGCAAGGUUGUGGUAACUUCAUAAAUUUUAAUUGUGAAGAUUUUCCUGCAAUUUUUGUUUUCCUCCUUUAAAAUAUUCCUUAUGACCUGUAGAGUGUUGGUGACUCUAAAGAAUGAAAUUUAUGCUUUAUAAAAGUUGGUGUUGGUUUGAUCUUCAAUAUGGUCGUAUGGGGUGCUCCUUGAAUUUUAGUGACUGCAAGCUGCAAUUUUCUUGGCACCUAUAAUAUUAUUUAGAUUCUUAAAACUAGUCUUCAGAGUUUUUGAACUCCUUGUGUGACUUUGUGUUGUUAGUAUUUAAUUUCAUGUGCUGGUUUGGUAUUGUGGUGUUAAGGACAAAUAUUUAAACCUUGUGUUAUCAGAACAUAUGUAUCUUAAUAUAGAAAACGUGGUGUGUCUAAACUUUGGUAUUGUAGCCUCUAGACAUUUUUUUUC